CAAAUAUACUAUCUCCAACAACUUAACAUCAAAGGAAAAAAUUUCAAAUUCACAUCAGUUUGCAAAACUUGUCCCUUUCCAUGGCUCCCGAGCUAGUCACGGCAGCAGCGGCAGCUACAGCCAAAACGACGUCGCUGCGAUCGAGAGCUUACGUGACUUUCUUGGCCGGCAAUGGGGACUACGUGAAGGGCGUGGUGGGGCUGGCCAAGGGCCUGCGGAAGGUCAAGACAGCGUAUCCUCUCGUGGUGGCGGUGCUUCCUGACGUGCCGGCAAAGCACCGCCGCAUACUGGAGGAGCAAGGCUGCAUAGUUCGGGAGAUCGAGCCUGUCUUCCCGCCUGAGAACCAGACGCAGUUCGCCAUGGCGUAUUACGUCAUCAACUACUCCAAGCUCCGUAUCUGGGAGUUUGUGGAGUAUAGCAAGAUGAUAUACUUGGAUGGUGACAUUCAAGUGUUUGAGAACAUAGACCAUCUGUUUGAUUUGGAGGAUGGUUAUUUUUAUGCGGUCAUGGAUUGCUUCUGCGAGAAAACAUGGAGCCACACGCCGCAGUACAAGAUUGGCUACUGCCAGCAGUGCCCAGAGAAAGUGACGUGGCCUGCGGAGAUGGGCCCGCCUCCGGCACUCUACUUCAACGCCGGCAUGUUCGUCUUCGAGCCCAGUCUUGCCACCUAUGAGAGCCUCCUUGCUACCCUCAAGAUCACCCCUCCCACUUCUUUCGCUGAGCAGGAUUUUCUGAACAUGUUUUUUAGGGAUGUGUACAAGCCAAUACCAAAUGUGUACAACCUUGUCCUAGCCAUGCUUUGGCGCCACCCAGAAAACGUGGAGCUCGACCGAGUCAAAGUGGUUCACUACUGCGCUGCAGGGUCUAAGCCAUGGCGAUACACGGGGGAGGAAGAGAACAUGCAGAGAGAAGACAUCAAGAUGCUGGUUAAGAAAUGGUGGGACAUUUACAACGACCACUCUUUGGACUUGAAGAUGUCUCCCACCCCGGCUACUGAAGGCGGCCGUCUGGAUCUGCAGCCUUUCGUUGCUGCGGUCAUGAAUGAGGCUAACGCACCCGAAGUGAUGUACGUCACGGCUCCUUCUGCUGCUUGAGCUUUGCUGAGGAGAGGAGAGAGGGCUGUCAUAGUAAGUAUGGCUUUGAGGAAGGCUGAUGAAUAUAUUGUUGAUAGUUUGUGUUGGAUUUUGCUGUUGGAAACCAUCCUAUUGCAGUAAUGGGAGAAGUAAUGUUUGGUGUUAAGCUUAGUAUGCCCUUUUAGAGAGAUGUUCAAUGUAUUUCACUAAGAUUGGCGUCCAGAUUGGGGUAUGAUUAGUUUCAAUACUGUUUUGUUUCUA